CUUUAAACCCAAGACCCAACCCCGCUCUUGCCUCUUGCCCUGUUCCUUCUCGUCCAAACCGCCUCUUGUCUCGCCCUCUGGCAGCGCCAAACACUUUCCCUCUGUCUCUCCUGUCUCCUCCUGCUAUCGCCUCUCCAGACAUCAUGAAGUUCGCUGCCACCACUGCCGUCGUUCUGGCCGCUGCCUCCGCCUCCGUCCUCGCCCAGACCACCUGCGAUAUGGUCAGCUUCAACGGCUGCCUCACCAGCGUCCAGCAGUUCGAGACCAGCACAUGCGAGCCUCUUGCUCCCAAGAACCAGACCCUGUACAAGGAUUGCCUCUGCUACUACCAGUCCAACCUCAAGAACUGCUAUCUCCUCUGCCCCAACGACGCCAACCUCACCGCUACUCUCCAGGGCAGCGUCAACCCCGCAAUCAUCAGCGCUUGCACCGCUGCCGGUCUCCCCACUGACGGAAAGCUCCCCAACCCCGCUCCCUGGGUCACCGUCACUUCUUCCUCGGCUGCUCCCUCCUCGACCGGUGCUCCCGCCUCCAGCUCGAGCGCUGCUGCCUCCCCCGCUGCCUCCACCAAGUCCAGCGCCGGAUCGAUGCUCUCGGGCUCUGUCUUUGGCGCCGUCAUUGCCUCGUUGGCCGCCAUUGCUGCCAUGUAAACGCCCACUCCUUCCCCAUCCUCUCUCACCCUCAGCCCACGAUCCUCCUAUCCGUCGGUCUCGGCAUUUUCCUCCACUCGACCAUCCAUCGAUACACACAGCUCCCCCUCCCUCUGAGAUACAAGAACCAUAGAAGCCACCCGAUCAUUAGCCUGGAGUUUUCGCCCUUUUUUUUUAUUUUAUUCUAUCUUUUUUUCCAUUCGUUACCUAAAUAUAGCUCGCUCCUCCAUUCACGGCA